AUGCACACAAAUAAAAUAUUCAACAUUAUUAGUGCUGAUUCCUCCUAUUUUAGUCAUUUGAGUGUCUGCUUUAUUUUCUCUUUGGUGUCUGCUUUUUUUAUUUUUACUGUCUGUUUGUAUUUUCUUCGUCUGCUUGUAUUCACCCCUUACACUUCGCGUCUGCUUGUAUUCACCCCUUACACUUCGCGUCUGCUUGUAUUCACCCCUUACACUUCGCGUCUGCUUGUAUUCACCCCUUACACUUCGCGUCUGCUUGUAUUCACCCCUUACACUUCGCGUCUGAUUGUAUUCACCCCUUACACUUCGCGUCUGCUUAUUUUCAUCCCUUACACUUCGCGUCUGCUUGUAUUCACCCGUCUGCUUACACUUCGCGUCUGCUUAUUUUUUACCCCUUACACUUCGCGUCUGCUUGUAUUCAUCCCGCGUCUGCUUGUAUUUACUUCGCGUCUGCUUGUAUUCAUCCGUCUUUGUAUUUACACUUCGCGUCUGAUUGUAUUUACCCCUUACACUUCGCGUCUGCUUAUUUUCAUCCCUUACACUUCGCGUCUGAUUGUAUUCAUCCCUUACACUUCGCGUCUGAUUGUAUUUACCCCUUACACUUCGCGUCUGAUUGUAUUUACCCCUUUACACUUCGCGUCUGAUUGUAUUUACCCUUACACUUCGCGUCUGAUUGUAUUUACCCCUUACACUUCGCGUCUGAUUGUAUUUACCCCUUACACUUCGCGUCUGAUUGUAUUUACCCCUUACACUUCGCGUCUGAUUGUAUUUACCCCUUACACUUCGCGUCUGAUUGUAUUUACCCUUACACUUCGCGUCUGA